AUGACAGAUCAAGCCUCUAAAACAGCAUGGAAAACUGUAACACUGAUCAAGGUGUGGAAUUCAGUGCUCGAAACAGAAGUCUAUCAGUCAACUCUGUUCUGGAACGAUGCACCGCUCACGAUCCUUACGAUAGAAGAGUCACCGACGCUUGCAGUUGAAAUAACCUCCACUGGUAACCCUAAAACGCACGUUACGAUACGCAAUGGAGAUCCAAUUGAAACAGUACACAGCCUCAUUCUGUCUCUUCAAUCAAAUGUACUCCUUUUCACUGUCAAUUCGGGACUUGCAGUAACACCCCCGUCACUAAGUUCGGCAUCCUCAACAACAGUUCGACCCACCACCACAACCAAGCCACCUCGUACUACCCGGACAUCACGCCCCAAUCCUACCCGCAACGGCAAGUCCAAACAUGGCGUAGGGGGUGGUGCAAUAGCCGGAAUAGCGAUAGCAGGCAUCGUCAUCCUCGCCCUCAUCAUAGGCGGCUGGUACUUCUGGCGACGCAAGAAGCGGAGGACACAGGCACCCACGACUACGCUCACCGACGACGAAUUAGCGAGGCGAGAAGGCGACGGCGAUAAGAUGGUCCUCGAUACGGAUCACAACGCGACCAGAACGGGAGCGGACCAGACCGAAUACCAAGAGAUGUCGGGCAAUGGCCUCACUCAGGAAUUGGAUCGGUCGCACUCGUACAAAUAUGCGGUGGGGGGAGCGCAGGAGCUCAGAGCUGAGGAUCAGCCGGGAGAGUUGCCGUACAAUGGGAUGGAAGAACAUGGGAGAGCGAAUGAGACUGGGGUCGUCGGAAUGGACGAUGGAGGUGAUGGCAGGAAUGCGGUGACGAUACCAAUACCGGGGGCGAACAAUCCAACGUCACAAGUCUCGCCACAUGUGGAAGCGCAGCGAAAGAGAGAAGUGGAGUGGUUAGAGAUGGAAGAGACAAGAAUGAGACAGCGGCGAGAAGCACUUUUACAACAGGGUGGUGGUCAACACACGUAA